AUUACACGGUUAUCGAUGGAAAAAAUGUGAAACGUUCUCCACACGCGCUUUUGAGAGCUUCCCUUGUUCUCGAAGGCGUCUAGCUCUAAAAAUAUUGACUUUCCAAAUCCUUAUAAACGAUAACGAACUCCCAAAUGCCCACGAAACUCGUGGAGACAAAAGAAAAUCAUCCCAUUUUUGCAUAAGACCGAUUUGGAUUGCAGAUCGGACAGAGAGAAAACAGAAGAGAAUAGCACAGAGAAUUAAGAUUGGAUGGAGAAAUUCAAUGCCUUCGGCGAGAAGCUCUUGGUUGGGGGAGCGGAGGUGGGGCGAAAGAUGAGCGCAGGCAUGAGCAGCAUGAGCGGAAAAAUGAAGGAACUUCUGCAGGUUGCAACCCCUGCGGACAAGAUUGUGGAGGAGGCCACCAACAUGCAGCUUCAGGAGCCCGAUUGGGCCGCCAAUCUCAGGAUCUGUGACAUGGUCAACGCCUCCAAGCUCACCGGCCAGGAUGUAGCCCGGGCUAUCAAGAAGCGGUUCGCCGUCAAGAACCCCAUGGUUCAGUACCUUGCCCUUAUUCUCCUUGAGACCUGCGCCAUGAACUGUGACAAGAUGUUCUCUGAAAUUGCUUCCGAGAAGGUCCUCGAUGACAUGGUCAAGCUCAUUGACGAUCCCCACACUAUCACCAGCAAUCGGAACAAGGUCUUGCAGUUGAUUCAGGCAUGGGGAGAGUCUGAUAACGAGCUUCGCUAUUUGCCCGUUUUUGAGGAGACUUAUAAGAGCUUGAAAUCAAGAGGGUUAAGGUUUCCCGGACGAGACAGUGAGACUUUGCCUCCAACAUUCACUGGCAGUUUCUCCGAUAUGGGCACUCAGUCAUCCACUGUACCUGAUCAACAGCAGGAAUUCAAUGAUGUUUUUAUUCCUCAGAGCAGGAACUUGACAGAUGAGCAAAAAAAAGAGGUGCUUGAUGUAGCGAGAAACAGCAUUGAACUUCUAUCAACUGUUUUGAGUAGCUCUCCUCAACAAGAGGCACUUAAGGAUGACCUUACAUCUACAUUGGUAGAGCAAUGCAGACAAUCACAGUUCACUGUACAGAGAUUAGUGGAGAGCGCUGGGGAUGCUGAAUCCUUCCUUUAUGAGGCAUUGAAUGUCAAUGAUGAAAUCCAGCAUGUCCUUUCCAAGUAUGAAGAAAUGAUAAAAGCUUUGAAACCAGAGCCUGCACAUGUUUCUGAACCUGCGUCCAUACCUGUUGUGGUGGAAGAGGAAGAUUUACCUGGAGCUACCCAUGAAGAAGCUCUCAUUAGGAAUCACACCCCCAAGUCCUCAAGCAGUCAACCUAGAUUUGUUGAGGAUGAUGCAAUGGCAGAUCUAGAUGAUAUGAUAUUCGGUAGGAAGAGUGGAAAAUCUGGUGGGCAUGAUCCUCAUAAAGAUGAAGAGAGUCUUAUUUAGGUUUCUGUCUCAGUUUUUUUUCACAGCACUAUUUUCAUCUUGUGUAUAUUUAGAUUUUGAGCUUCUAUGUAUUGAAGAAUGGGGGCAUCUUAUUGUAAAUGAUUGCAUAACUUUCUAUAAUCUUUGAUUCAUACAUUCUGGUUAUUGUUGACUUAUGUAGGUAAUAAUAAUUAUUUAAGGACAGGCUGUAUUUUCUCAAAUACAGUCUCCUGCUUGUUCAUGAA